AUGGACAGGCUGAGGCGGUCGCUGCGGGACAGCUUCCGGCGGAAGCAGUACCUUCCGGCCGAGUCGGGCCCCGACAAUGGCAGGGCGACGAGGGCCGCCGUCAAGAAAGGCAUCUGCUCCUUCCACGUCAAGUACCUCGGCUGUGUUCAGGUCUACGAGUCCCGAGGCAUGCAGGUCUGUGAAGACGCUCUCAAACUGCUCAAGUCCCAGAGACGCCGCCCGCUGCGCAGUGUCCUCUUCAUCUCGGGAGAUGGUCUGCGCGUUGUGGAUGAUGAGACCAAGGGUCUAUUGGUGGAUCAGACAAUCGAAAAGGUGUCGUUCUGCGCGCCAGACCGUAACAACGAGAGGGGUUUCUCUUACAUCUGCCGGGACGGCACCACGCGCCGCUGGAUGUGCCAUGGCUUCAUAGCCACCCGAGACUCGGGACCGGACCAGCUGGUGACGGCACAGGCGCCCGGCGGGUGCAACCAGUUCACCGGCCUGAACCAGCGCACGGAUCGAGCUGCUCACUGA